AUGGAUAAUGAAAUUUAUCUAACUUGGGAAGUUGGACAAUUGGCUGAAGCAAGGUCUUUCCAGCAUGGUUAUCGUGGUGCGUGGUUUCGGUGCAAGUCAAUUUCUACAUUGUUGCUUUCUGCAGAGCCAAGAUGGUUGAAGCUAUAUCAGGUGACCCCAAAUAGGAAAUAUAACGAAUUGAUGCUGAGGCCAUGUUACCCGCCAAUUUAUAAUGCUAAGGAAAUUCCUCAUACUAGUGAAAUAUCUGAGGUGUCAGUAAUUUUUGAUGGUUCAUGGAAGGUGGGAGAUUUUGUGGACUGGAUGUUCAGUGAUUGCUAUUGGAGUGGAACAAUAACUCAGUUACUGGGUGGUGGAAAGGCUGAGAUUGAGCUAAAACCACCACCACAUGGCGAAGGUAAAGUUUAUGUGGCUGAAUUCAAGGAUUUGCGUCCAUCUUUAGAUUGGUAUCCAGAAUAUGGCUGGACAAUGCCUAAAAAGGAAGGCGAUAGUGGUCGCCCUAGUGCUUGGCUUCUUAAACCUAAAGAACAAGGUGAAGAAACCAUGGUUGUAUCGAAUGAGAUGAAGAGCACUGAAACUAAGGACACAUAUAACAAAUCUUCACAACCUACGGCUCCUAAAAAAACAAAAAGGACUAAGAAGAGGGAAGAUUAUGAUGAUAACAAGACGAAGUCUGGGCAGGCUAAAACUGAGCCGAAGCUGGAUGUUGCUGACAAGGAAAACCUUGAUUCAGGCGAAGAUGAGAAAGGUAAAGGAGGAUUAGUUCUGAACUCGGCUCGUUUUGAUACUCUAGAAGCUGCAGUUAUGGACUUGGAGGAGUAUUUAAACAAGGUGAAAUGGCUGAAGAUUGUUUUGGAACAAGGGAUUUCGCCUCCGGAUGACAAGAGUGAGUGGCAGUUUGUGGAGCCUCUUGUGGAUCAUGAUGCCACAAAAUGA